AUGACGAACGAUAAAGGCAGAGUCCACGACCUUCCCAUCCUCUAUCCAAUACGACAACUGCCGCAAGCUGGCCCACAGGAUCCUUGGGGUGCGGACCCGUCUCUGGUAACGCAUCAUGGUAUCUUUUGUGAAGGGUCGCUGUGCUUCGGUUCUGGCAAUCCGAUCCACGGAAUGCGAUACAAUUGCUCGCAAUGUCUAGCGGACUUUUGUGAUCGAUGCGUCCGCCAGCCAAACGAUCAUCACGACAAGUCACACAUCCUUCUGGAGUGCCCCGGGCCAUGCGAGUUCGAUGUUAUCAACGUACCUCGCAUAGAGGUUCCGGACUUUGCAGAUGUCAAUGGUCGGGAACUGACCGAACUGGACCUGCUGUCGCUGGAGAGUAGCGACAAUGGACCCAGAAAGCCGUACCUUGACGACAAUCCAGGUACAAGAGACGAGCCUAAGGAGAUCGAGCCUUACAAGUACCUCGACACCCAACUGUACGGUACCAACGCCGCUUCCGAAGACUCGUCUGCAAAGAUGCGACUGGUGCAUCUGCAUGCUGGAAAAGACGAGGAGCCUUUGGUGUGCACUCUUGCAGCAACGACCAUCGAUGACGCUCCACACUUCGAAGCCGUUUCACUGUCCUGGCAUAAGAUCGUUCGCAAAACCCGCCUGGCCAGCAUAACGUCUGAGGAAAGACUCGAAACGGUAUACAUUGGCGACAACCAUUUCCUGGACGCCAGCCCUGAGCUGUGCACCGCCCUUCGAGCAUUACGACGACCCAAUGCGCCCAGAAUCCUCUUUAUAGAUGAACUGUGUAUCAACAGGAUGAACUCUGCGGAAUGGGACUUCCAAAAUCGAGCAAUUGGCUUGAUAUAUUAUAAAGCCGAGAAAACCAUCGUCUAUGCUGCAGAUACACAGGACGCCACGUCGUAUGCCUUCGUCCUUUUCGACAUACUGGCGCAAACUUGCCAUCCGGGAGAGCGGUCAUGGACACCGGAAGACUUCCACGGCGAUCCAGAAAAACCGUCGGUCGAUGACAGCUACUGGCAGGAGGGGUGGCAGGAGCUGUUCCGGCUGUUUCCCCAACCAAUCCUUGAUAAGAGGUGUGAGCUCCACGACGCCGCCUUCGCAAAAGCUGCAGUCUUCCAAUGCGGCAGAGAUGAGCAGAGAGACUGGGGGCAGGCGGUGGCAGUAGCCAGGAUGCUCUCCCAGGACGAGUGGAUUGCUGCGGCUGCGACGCAUGCACAGUCGGACUCGUGA